AUGGGGCAUACACAAUCUAGUGGAGGUGUCCAAUCUUUGGAUAAAUCACUAUUAUCUGAACCUAAAAUUCAAGAUAACCAUAAAUCUAAUAAAAAUCUAAUAAUAUAUAAUAACAUACCCACUUCAUCCUAUAACUCCAGAGAAAAAUUUUUGACCUCAAAAUCGAAUUUCCGUUCAUCCUUGCCUCCAUUAACCAAAUCUCCCGCGGCGGAAGGAAAUGAUACCGAGGGGUCCCAAAAACAUAAGUUCAAUUCAGAACAACAAAAUACAAAUGAUUACUUUUUAUAUAAUACAUCAGAAGGAAAGGGGAAGUCCACCAAUUUCAUUCCAGACCAACCUCGAACACCAUCUUCUGUUACUUCUCACGAUGAUUGCGAUUCUUCAGGAUCAAGUAACGGCAGUCAUUCAAGAUCUCAUUCAUCAGAUAAUAACUAUCUCUCUAAAAAGGAUGCAAGAUAUUAUCGGUCAUUAUCUUUACCAGCCAGUCCUUUUGAAUAUUCUCGUCGUCAAUCCUCUUAUCUUUCUCAUUGCUCUUUGUAUUCGGAAACUCGUCAUGAACCUUUAAAGUGGAAAAAGAGACUUGACGCUCAAAGACGACCUUCUUUAAGAAUACAAAAUAACUCUUCUCCAGUUUCCGAACCAAACAAUAUACCUUAUUCUUAUAAAGAAGCAAUGGAUAAAAUAUGUGGCGAAAAAAAUUUUCUCACCACUUAUCAAGAAUCUGAAUCAUCCUUUCGUCGAUCUGACGAUGACUUUUGCAAUUCUACACCAAAUACUUCAGUUACUGCUUUAAGCAGUGUUAAUGACGAAAUCACAGAAGAAAUUUCAUCAUUAAACCCAAAUCUUCUUUUUGGAUCUGAAGCUCUUUGUUCCUUACCGGAAGCUCACGUGUUAUACCUAAUUCAACAAGAUGAUGUUGGUGACCAUUCUGAAGUUGAUAUUUGGAAAAACCUCAUCGAAUGGGGUAAAAGAAAUACUCCAAAAGUAAUUUUUGAAAAGGAUAUUAAUAAAUGGACUCAAAAAGAAUUUGAAUCACUUGCAAGAACAUUACGUAAUUGCAUUUAUUGGAUUCGAUUCUCACAAAUGACUCCGAUUGAAUUUCAAACUUAUGUCAUACCAUACCGAUCUAUUAUCCCUAAAUAUAUUCUUGGAGACUUUUUACGCCAAAAAAUAACAGAUCAUCCACCAGUUUUACGUGCAGUAGCACCUCCAAGAAUUCCAACAACACUGAUAGAAUCUGAAAUUAUCACGGGUCGACACGCGUCAAUUUUGAGUUACUGGAUUAAGAACCAAUCUUACGAAUCUGUAGAAGGAAAACCCUCACACAGGUUCAACCUUCUUUACCGAGCAAGUAGAGAUGGAGGUACAUCAAAAGAUUUCCAUUUACAUUGCGAUAAUCAAGGCCCGACUAUUUUAGUCGUAAAACUUUCUGAUCAUAACAUGUUCAUUGGUGGAUAUAACGCAAUGAGUUAUAAAGAUUCAAGACGUUCUAGUAUUUCAUUAUCUAAAAGACAAUCAAUGAACAAAAAAAUGGAAGAACUUGCACAACAAAGUUGUUUCAUUUAUUCUUUUGAAAACACUUAUUACCCUGAACAAACCGCAAUUGUCAGUAGAGUAAUUCCAGAAUUUAAAAAAGAUGCAAUAAUAAGGCACCAAUGGGGUGGGCCAUGUUUUGGACAAGGGGACCUAUUGGUUUGUCCUGACAGGAAAAAUAAAGUUCUACAGAUUCACCCAGAAUCAUAUGAACUUCCUAUAAUAAACUCUAAUAGUAAGAAUUUUAAAUGGGACGACUUUGAAGUAUUUCAGGUUAUUGAUCAAUGA